AUGAUUUGUUGGUUCUCUUGUGCAGCUAAAGACACACUGAACCCGGACUGGAACAAGUAUGAUGACAGGUUAAUGAAAGCAGCUGAAAGGGGAGAUGUGGAGAAGGUUUCGUCCAUCCUGGCCAAAAAAGGAGUCAGUCCCACGAAACUGGAUGUGGAAGGGAGAUCUGCAUUCCAUGUUGUAGCAUCAAAAGGAAACCUGGACUGCCUGAACACCAUCCUGGUUCAUGGGGUUGAUAUCACAGCCACUGAUGCUGCAGGUCGAAAUGCUUUGCACCUAGCUGCAAAGUACGGACAUGCUUUGUGUUUGCAGAAGCUCUUGCAGUACAAUUGUCCAACGGAGAAUGUGGAUCUUCAGGGCAGAACUGCUCUUCAUGAUGCAGCCAUGUCAGACUGCUCCUCCAGCAUUCAGCUGCUCUGUGACCAUGGGGCCUCCGUCAAUUCCAAGGAUGGAGACGGGAGGACACCACUGGUGCUGGCCACUCAGAUGUGUCGUCCCACGGUCUGUCAGCUGCUCAUAGACAGAGGAGCAGACCUUAAUGCCAGGGACAAGCAGAACAGGACUGCCCUAAUGUUAGGCUGUGAAUAUGGCUGCAAGGAUGCCGUGGAAGUGUUGCUCAGGAAUGGUGCAGAUGUUAGUUUGACUGAUGGCCUUGGGCAUGACUGUGCUUACUAUGCCAGAAUUGGGGACAAUAUUGACAUUUUGGCUUUAAUAAAAGCUGCCGUUGAGGACUCCAGCAAAGGAAGAGACAGCAUGAAGAGAGGGCAGGCAGAGCAAAAGCUCAGCAAUAUGUCCCAGAAGUGGAGCCAUGGGUAUGUGCAGGAGGAGGUGAAUGUCAAGCUGUAUCAGAAGGAACAUAAUGCUCAGGACGUGGAGUUCGAAAAUCAAGACUUGAAAGACAGAGUGAGGGGCAUGCAGGAGGAGCAAAGGAUGCUGCUGGACAGGAUCAGUGAGCUGCAGCUACAGCUCAAUGAGGAGCAAAUGUUUGCAGAUGACCUUGAGAAUGAGAAGGAUGAGUUGAGGAAAAUCCUGGGUACCAAGGACAAGCAGCAGGAGGAAAACUUAAGGACUAUUGAGGCUCUCAAAGCUAAACUCAAGUAUUAUGAAGGUGACUCCGUGGGCUCUGCAAGUAGCUUUGCUAACAGAAAAGAAGAUUUAUUACUUAAACAAGGCCAAGGAUUUGCUGUGGAAUCACAGUCCAGGUCUAUGCUGAGGCCCCUGGAGCUCUCCCUGCCCAACCAGUCACCCAGCUUAGAGAAGGAGGCUUUAAAGAAAGAACUUGAUAACAUGAGGAGCUGCUUUGGUGCAGCCAAAGAAGAAAUCAGCAAGUUGCAGAGAGAACUCUCUCUCAAGGCAUCAGAAUGCAAAGCUUUGGCGUCAGAGUGCGAGAGAACCAAGGCAGAAUCUGAUGGACAGAUCAAACAGCUGGAAGAUGCUUUGAAAGACGUCCAGAAAAGGAUGUUUGACUCUGAAGGCAAAGUGAAGCAAAUGCAGACUCACUUCCUUGCUCUGAAAGAUCACUUGACGAAUGAAGUGGCUGCAGGGAGCACUAAGGCCACAGAGGAGCUGAAGGAGCAGCUGAAGGAGAUGAAAACCAAGUACGAAGGAGCCUCUGCUGAAGUGGGAAAGCUGAGGAACCACAUCAAGCAGAAUGAAUUGUUGGUGGCAGAGUUCAAGAGGGAUGAGGGAAGGCUAGUGGAGGAAAACAAAAGGUUGCAGAAGGAGCUUGUUAAGUUGGAGAUGGAGAGAGAUAAAAGGGGAAGGAACGUGAUGGAGCUGGAGGGGCAGCUCAGGGAGACAGCAGCCAAGCUAGCCCAGGCUGUCACUGCUGAGAGGUUUGAGAACAUGAAGAGUUUGCUGUCAAACGAGGUGAAUGACAAAGCCAGGAGGUUAGCAGAGCUGGAAGGAGAGCAUGAAAAGCUGCAGGCAGAGAUUGUGCUUUUAAAGAGGGAAUCUGAGAGACAGAAAGCAGAACUGGCUCAGCACGUCAGGCCAGAGGAGCAUGAGCAGAUGAGGAGUGGGUUUGAGCAGAAGAAUGAGCAACUUGGGAAAGCAAUUUCUGAGGUGUCACAGAGGAAUGAGGCUCUGCAGAAGGAACUGGAAAGAUUGCAGGCUGACAACAGGGUGCUGAGGCAGCAAGUCCAGAUAUUAAAGACUGAAAUGAAAAGCCAGAAUGUGCCUUUAAAAAUUCAUGAGGAACUAAAGAAAACAAAUGAUUUGGCUGUGGGUGACCUGACCAAAAAGCUGUUUGAAAUAACAAAGAAGUACAAUGAAAGCAAAGCAGAAGCUGAGAAGCUGCUGGCAGAGAAGAAAAACUUAAGUGAGAGUAUUGGCCACUUCCAAGCUGUGUACCUGUCUCCAGAGCAGCACAAAAAGGAAGUGGAAGCUUUAAAAUCCUGUGGGAUUGAGCUGGAAAAGCAACUGGCUGAGCUGCAGAAGAAAUAUGAUGAUGAGCAAGCAAAAGUGUGCAAACUAGUGUCUGAAAACACAGGCAUGAGGGAGAGCCUGAGGGAUCAGUAUGUCCUGGCCACCACUCACGAGGAGGUCAAAACAGAACUCAACAACACACUGGAAAAGACCAAUGGGGAACUGUCAGACCUGAAGGGGAAAAUCGGAGAGAUAAAGCAAGAAUUCCUGAGGGUAAACGAAGAAAAUGGUGCUCUGAAAAACAAGGUGAAGCUUUUACAGAAUCAAUUGAAAACAGAGUAUAUAAGUUUAAAGGAUCAUGAAAGUACAGUGACUGCUCUAAACCAAAGUGUACAGGAGCUGCAGGAGAGCAAUGCUGCCAUCAGGGCUGAGUGUCAGAGGGGGCAAGAGGAUAUCUCACAGCUGCACUCAGAAAUUGAGGCCCAGAAGAAGGAACUGGACACCAUUCAAGAGUGCAUAAAGUCAAAAUAUGCCCCAGUUGCCUCCUUUGCAGACAGAGAACAGAGCUUUGAGGCCACGGUGAGAGAGUUAAGAGCACAGUUGGAGGAACAGGAGCAGAAGUGCAGAGAAAGUGAGGAGGAAGCCAAGAGGUACAAAGAGGAGAAUGAAAAGCUCAGGGAUGGUGUUUUGUCCAUCCAGAAUGACUUGAAGCAGAACUACAUCCUGGCUGAGAAGUCCCAUGAGAUGGAGAAGAUGUUUGCAGGCAGAAUGCAGGAGCUGAACCAGCAGCUGAGAGAGUUGCUGAGGAAAUACACGGGUGAGGAGGAAGGUGAGCUGCAGGAGGGUGCCAAGCAGCCUGUGGCUCUGCAGGCUCAGCACCUCUCAGUAGAGCAGGUGGAGGCCUUGAAGAAGGCUCUUGGUCACACUGUAGAAGACCUGAAGGAAGCUCUCAGGACAAAGAAGGAAUGUCAUGACAAAGAGACACUGAGAGCAGGAGAGCUGCAGCAGGAGCUGUCAGCUCUGAAGGAGUCCUCUGUACCUCUGGGAGAAUACACACAGAUGAAGAAGAUGCUGGAGCAGGAAAUCACAGCAGUCAAAACCAGCCUGAAAGAGAAGGAGGAAGAAAACCAGGUAAAGAAGGAGGAGUUGUUGCAGCUGCAGUCUGAGCUACAGCUCACCCAGCAGUCACUGGCAGAGCUGGAGAGCAAGGAGGUGAUUGACAUGGCACAAUACAACUCCAUGAAGAGUUCCCUGGAGGCCCAGAUCAACAGCAUAGCUGAGAAUUUGGCCAACAUGAAUAAGAAGUAUGAGGAAGCCUGUGAGGAGGCUCUGCAGGCCAAGAGGAGUGAGCUGUCCCUCAAGGAUGAGAAGGAGCUGCUCCAGCUGAGAAGCUGCAGCAUCGAGCAGGAAAUCAAGGACCAGAAAGAAAGGUGUGACAAGUCCCUGACAACCAUUAUUGACCUGCAGAAGAGGAUCCAGGAGUCUGCAAAGCAGGUGGAAGCCAAGGAUAACAAGAUAACAGAGCUGCUGAACGACGUGGAGAGGUUAAAACAAGCUCUCAAUGGCUUGUCCCAGCUGACCUACACCACUGGCAUCCCCUCCAAGAGGCAGAACCAGCAGGUUGAAAUGCUCCAGACCCAAGUGAAAACACUACAGCAGCAGCUGGCUGAUGCCAAGAGGCAGCACCAGGAGGUGGUUUCGGUCUAUCGCACACAUCUGCUCAGUGCUGUGCAGGGUCACAUGGAUGAAGAUGUCCAGGCUGCUCUGCUCCAGAUCAUCCAGAUGAGGCAGGGCCUGGUGUGCUGA